CAGCAGAUAGCCCCAAACCAGCCUUUGCUUCUCCCCAUCUUGUCUACUCACAUCUCUUUUCGCCUCUCAAUCCAAACUCAACUGCGCCCGUCCCUCCUACUCUUCUUCCUUCUCCAUCCAUUUGCUCCUUCGGCUUCUUCAAUUCAUUUCCUCAUCCUCAUCGCCUUUCCUAAUCCCUUGUCUCAUUUGCCCAAGAGGAAACCCCCUUCCGGGCCUCAUAUCUCACCCGACGCACCUGAUCGUUUUAUCGCGCUCUCCAAAUCGGCCAAUCCCAUCCCGGAUCCCGCUCCCUGCAUCGAGCAUCUCUCCCUUGAAACACCCUGCGCAUCGACCUGGUUACUUUGGAAAAUCUGGAUCCAGGCCUCGAUCGACUUUAAUUUCACCCCCUACUCGAUAGUCAUCAUCAUCACCGUGGGAAUAUUUCAUCGUCGCCCGACGCAGGUCUUCGUCAGGCUGAUGGUUAAGAAUUGGCUAAUCGACCUCUAUAAUACUCGCGUCCGUUCGCCACUUCGGCCCGCAUCCAGAUCCUGAUCACCACCUCUUCCACCAUACAGUAAGCUGUCAGAUAAGAUGGCUGCCACAACAUCAUCGACGAUAUCUUCCCCUACGGCUUCGCCAACAAGCAAUCCCGGGGGCGGAGGCAAUGGACCGAGUUCGCCACUCCUCUUCUUCGUCGCGCUGGGUUUUGGUGUGGUCUUUACGAAUCUAUGGUAAGCGUGACAUGGCGAUCUAUUCCAUGUCAUCUCGAAUUGAUUGUUUUGAAUAGGAUCAUCGUCGGGGUCAAGUACUGCUUCCGAUACAAUCAACGUAACCGACAGCGCAUGAACGGCGAAGAUCCCGAUGGCGUUGACCUCGGCGCCAUGCCUCGCCAACAUCGUCGCAGGCGCGAAAAGAAGCUCAUGACAAUGGAUGAGGUCAAUGAAAAAUUUCCCUUGAUUAAAUACAAGACAUGGCGGUCCAACCGAGCCGAUGAAGGCCUUCCUACCGCAGGAGGUAUCAACACUGCAUCAAGACCCGCCAGCAUACACAAUCAACCUCGAGAGUCAAAGGAUGAGACGGAGUCUACCGAAUUGGCUCCGACACACACUGUUUCCACCAUUGAAGAAGAAGAAGAAAAAUUACAAGAACAACACGGUCCCGCCGAGGUUGUUGGCGAAAAGAGUCGAGCGGACACCCGACCAGCUACGCCGACGCGGCCCAAGUCGGCUCAGUCUACCGCAGGUGGAAGUCCCAUACAAAAAGUUACGUCGAAUGAUGAGGACGACGAUGAAGAGCAAAUACAAACGGCCGUCCCAGCCGAACAAUUACCUGACCCAGGCGACGCUUGCGCCAUCUGUAUUGACACCAUCGAAGACGACGAUGACAUCCGGGGACUGCAUUGUGGACACGCCUUUCACGCUUCAUGUGUCGACCCUUGGUUGACGUCAAGGCGCGCUUGCUGUCCUCUUUGCAAGGCCGAUUACUAUGUCCCCAAACCACGUCCCGAAAUUCCCACCGGUGAAGGCCUGAAUAGAACCCGAGAGUUCGAUCAACCUUCCGGGCCCUUCGCCCUCAGGAACAAUGGUCGGGGCGCCAGAAGACCAGCCAUGGUCAUCCCGGGCAGAUUUAUGAGUAUUGUCUACCACGAUCGUGAUCGGCAUGGGUUCCCUGUCGUCGUUAGAGCCGAGCGACGGGGCGCGCAAGAACAAGAUCAAGAUGAGCAACAGAGGGACUCGAAUCGUGAUGGUCAGAGGCAGCCGCAACACCAGCCUCCAUCUUCGAGUUUCAGGUCACGAUUGACAGGCUUUCGUAUACUUGGGCGUUCCCGACCGGCUCCGAGCCAAGCAGGUCAGGCACCAUCAGAUAACCAACCUACACCUUCCCAGCUUGAAGCCGGGAGGUGAAAAGGUUUUUGUUCCAUAUGUGACGUGAAUAUGACAUGAUUAUGAUGAAUAUUGUUUUGAUUCCUUUUGAUGAGUUGACUUGCAUUGGUCACUUGGUACCGGGGUACUACUACACUGAGCGAGCAUUGAGUAGUUUCUAUCGGGUUUCGCGAAGCUUUGGAAUAGAAAUGAGUGGCAUUGGGUUUGAAUUUUGUAUUUCCGUAGUGAGUACGGAGUACGGAGAGUACUCGAUAGUCUCCUUUUUUCCUACAAACAUUGUGUCUACUGGUACGGAGCAGAUGGAUACUUCUUUUUACUCAGUACUUGUUGGUAGAUAGAAUAUUGAAAUUAUUCAAGACGACCAGUGUGGCAGCGUCACCGUCACAGAUGCCGAUUGUUCAAGCACGAACGAUCAAGGCAUGGAGGAAAGUACCAAGCAUCAGUAUUCGUAUUCCUGGAGGAUGUACGAGUGCAUUGU